UAUGAAAGUGGGGAGAAUAUUACUCAAAUUCGGAUAUGCAUAUAUAGUACUUUAAGCGCUACACCUUUCGCUAAACUACCAUAGAUUUUUGCACACGUGUUGCAAACGGUUCGUUUCCCUUUCGAAAAUAUUAUAUUUUCAUUUACGUUGAGAGGAGUUUCCCACUUGAGAGAUAUCAAUUUAAAAUUGAAACUGUCGUGCGAAACUUUCUACGUUUAUCAAAUUAGCAGCGAUUCAUCAUAUCUAUUUUCACCUAAACCAUUAAUUCUAGAUAGCUGGAACUCAGUAUAGGAUCCAAUAUGACCCAGUAAACAAAUAUACCUAUAUAUUUAUAGACUUUCGAAAUUAUUACUUUUCUCUAGCGUAUCUGCUUCGCGUUACGUCGAAUAUCGUUCGCGUGAUACACGAUUAAAAGGGAAAAGUCGUAUAAGCUAUGGAUAAAGCGAAAUUAGUAAAUACGUACGAUACGUGCUUAAUUGUCUCUCAAGCAGAAGCUUAGAUCGUCGUUACUGAUAAGUAACACAUACAAUUGGAGCAAUACGUAAAAAUUCUACUCCAUUUCCUAAUGAAUUAUAAAUGUAUUUUAUGCGAAAUGUACGAAAUACAUACGGCACUUGCGUAUAUAUUUUAUUUUUUACCUGAAAAUCCUCGAUAAAGUAUUACGUGAUACCUACGAUUGGUAGACGUAAACAUUUAAAGGGACUGAUCCAUUUUAGGCGGGAAUCUGGUAACUGUUUACGCGCGUGUUCAAUAUAGCUGCUGUGUAGCUUUCACUAGUUCUGUAUAGAACCUUUCAAGAAUAGUAUUUAGGAUAAAACAAUUUUAAAUUACAUAGUCGCUAAGUGUUAUUUAAUUUUCAUACAACAUAAUGCCAGUCGUAAACAAUGUUUUAGCAACAGUUUUAUCAGUACAACAAGAAGUGACCAGGAUUAUUAAAAGAUUCAAAUUUGAAGAAUUAGAAUCGGCUGUGAUGUCUCUUUUUCCGGAAAUUUCAUGGAGUAACAUAAGAUCUGAGUUGGUCAAACAUCACAACAGUUUUACUUCGGCUAAUGUAGCUCAACUUAUCAGGACAGUUAUAACUGACAGAAAUAUAAAGGAAAAAGAUUUAAAGGACCGUUUAGCAACAUUACAAUUAAUCGAUAUAAGUUGGCACAGUGACCGAAGAACAUGGUAUGGUCACUUGUUACAAGGUUCUAGUACAUAUAUUAGUUAUUUCAAGCAUCGUAAAAUUCUAGUCGACAUGCAAGACUAUUUUAAUUCAUUGCACAUGAAAAUAAAUGUCAAAAUGUAUAUACAUAAUGGUGUUACAUACAUUGCUUUAAUUAGCAAAGAAGAUAAUCAGAGAAAGAAGAAGAUUCGAUCUGGACUUCCCAUUACUUUUGCUCUAUUUAUGGGUCAAAAAUGUUUUUUUAGUAACCGAAAGAAUGUUUCUCAAGAUAUGUUACAAGCAAUAGUACAGAGUACAGGAUAUGGGAAAAGUAAACAGAUUAAUUUAGCAGGCAAAAAUCUUGUUUCAUUGAGUAAAAUGUGUUGGAGAAGAAAGCAAAGAGCAUUGAAUUUUGAAAAUGUUAAUAAUACUGUGGAGUACAAGGAUAGUGGUCCAGAGAGAAAAGCUAGUGGUAUAGAUUUUACUCAACAUAAACAACGUAAAAAAUAUGCAGAAAAUUGUUUUGGUGAUAAUCCUGCUACCUUAGAAUUACUUGUUAUAAAUGGAUACAAUAUGCCUUUUGCACAUGAAGAUAUAUCCAAAAGAUUACCAAAUGAGAGUACAAGUGCAAAGUGGGAGUACCGUAGUCCUAAUAUUACCGGCUUAUUAACAAAAUUAAUAGAACAACGAAUACUUGUUACACCUGUGCCAUAUUAUGUAUCAAAUCUCAUGGUGUUAGGUAAAAAUGAAUUUACGAUUUCAUAAAUAUGAUUUUUAUGAUUGAAUGAAUAGUACAGUGAUGUAUAUAAAUGACAAUUGCAGGCAAUGCUUGCGCAUUUUUUUAAUAUACAAUUUUAAAAGGUAAUUGAUAUUUAUAAUAUUUUAGUUUAUAGUGCCCAAUAUAACUUAUUGGGACCGACGAUGCACUAUGUGCUAUCUGUUGCAAUUGAUACCGCACUUUUAUAAUUGUCUAAUUAUGACAAAAAAAAUUUUAAUAAUACAAUAAUGCAGUUAAUAGUACAGAUAAUGACGCAAAUAAAAAUGAAAAAGCGUUAUAUGAAUUUUGUAU